AGACUGAAAAAAUAAAAUUUAAUCAUUGUAUUAUAGUUCAUUUUGCUUACACUUAUACAAUACAAAGAGCGUGACGUCAUGAUGUCAGGUCCCUAUGAACUCUUUGAUGCUUUGAUCUUCUCAUUCUGAUAUAAGUUGUUUUUUCGUUAUGAAUUAGUACACCAAAUGCCAAAGAAGCAGACAAGUGUUGCUGUCGUUGGUGUGCAUCUUCCUUCCUAAAGUUAAGCAGGUGUAUACAAGGCGAUGAUGUGGCACCUCCUUUGGCCAUCUGUCCUCGUGGGAGUGUUUUCAACAUUUGUCCAGCAUGCCCUCUGGAAAUCCAGAAGGAAAUGAACCACUACUACGUCACCAGGGGGUCAAGUGUCCAGUUACCCUGUGCGUACACUCACACCGUGGACUCUCAGCAGUACACGGAGGUCUUGUGGAGUAUCGAAUCUGCAGACCGAGAGGAGCAACCCAUCAUUUGGUUUACUGGCGGCCGCUUGUAUUCCGAUUUGUACAAACCAAUGGAGGGGAGGGUCCACUUCACAUCAGCCGAUCCCCGAAAUGGAGACGCAUCUAUCACCAUCAAAGAUGUACGUCUGUCAGACAAGGAGAUGUACCGCUGUCUGGUGAAGAAGUUACCAGAACUGGACAAGAAGAUCUUAGACCUGACAGUCAUAGAGGCACCCAGUCAGCCUUUGUGCAGUGUGGAUAAAGACAGUAUGACGCUGAAAUGCAGCUCUCUGCAAGGCACCCCACCUUUGCAUUACAUCUGGUCCAAGACCACUGGAAAUAAGGUCUUGCCUACACAGGCCAUUGUUGACCCCACAGAGCCACCUUGCAUUUCAACAUCACCGAGCGGCAGUGUGGAAGCUAUCGCUGCACGGUGGAAAGUAUGGUGGGCACCAAACACUGUGACCUUCACCUGGACUGUUCGCUGCCCCUGGCCAACAAUGUGAGCAGUCCACAAUUGCUGACAACCACUGCAGUCGCUGCAAUCGUUGUCACUAUCACCACACUCUUCAUUGUCACAGUUGUCCUUGCCGUAUUCCUCUACCGCAAACGAAAAGAGCAACACCAGGACAUUGAAAUGGAAAAAUAAUUCAAUGUUGUUCAUUUGUUAAUGUUUGAUAACAAAUAGUUGACAUUUUUUGUUAUGUUAAAUCUUUUACCGCAAUGGCAUUUUGAUUUUUAUCUCACUUUAAUCUCACUUUUGAAUCUAUUAAACAAGUUCUAUGUUAUUUCUAGUAUGUCGGUUGUGUUUUUUUAAAUACAUAUAUAAAUGUAGAAAUUGACAGAAAACUGAAAGGUUACACUUGGGGGGAAAAAAAAGCACAUUUUGUAAAGUAAAACAUCAACUUUAUUUCAACACCUAAUGGAAAACUGAUCUGGACUGAUCAUGAGUUAAUGUAAAAUAAAUAAAUACGUAAAAAAAUUAAUAAAACUCGGUAGCAGUAGAAAUUAUGGAGGGGUCCACCUUCAAAUAAAGAAUAUUUACAAACAAACGCUGUAGUAAACUAUAAAGACAGAUGAUACAACACUACUUCAAGCUUAUAUUCCUCCUAAUAUUAGAAAAAAUAGUUAAAUUAAUAAAAUCAAAUCUUGACUUUAAUAAUAUGUGCGCUACACUGCCCCUAAGAGGCCAGACUCCCACACAGCAGCAAAUCAGUAGUUAUUUUUUAAUUGUUUUAUAAUGUUAUAAUUAAACAUUAGUUUCAUAAGUAAUUUAUUGAAAACCUCAGGCAACACUCACUCACAUGACACUGAUGAGCAAAAAA